GGGAACCAUAACCUCCACACUAGCCGAGUAACUCCCGCCCCCGAUGCGGAACGCAUCAAAGAAGAUCGGGUUCUCGAUCACCACCGGCCGCGUCAGAUGGAUGCUUACCGUCUGGUUGUGUGGGUGAUGCGGCCGUGCCACGCCUUUCCAUCCGACCCGCGCCGAGACCCGCUCGACGAUGGGCAGACAGCGCGAACACGCCCGGCUGAAGAGCGGGUAGAGCGGGGGCAUGCAGGCGCAGAUAAUGGAGGCGCUGGCUUCGGCGCUAGCGAGGAGGGUGGUGGUGCGGGAUUUGUGCGUUAAAUCACGCCCCCUCGUCAGAAUCUCAAUCACCGUCACUAGCUGGAAGAUACUGAUCGCGACCACUAUCAACCCCACCCCGAACAACAAAAACAACCCC